AUGUCUGUCCCAAUAUCACCAAUACCGGAGCCCCCUACUACAAACCGAGAACUUCUAUCAUGUCUAGUUCUGGACCCACGUGCAAAGCUAAAUGUCCCCAAAGAUUUUGUAUUUGAAAUCACGAAUGAGACAGACCCCACAACUGAUACGGCCUCGGAUUCUGAAGAUAAUCAUGACAGCUCACUAGGGUGUCUCCAGCAAAUAAGCCCAUUCUUCAAUGUGAAGGAAACAGUGUACGGAGGAAGGGGAUGCUUCGCAUCUUGCUUCAUACCUAAAGGAAUCACCGUUUUAGAGUGUGCAUUUCCUGUUGGAAGCUCUGUUGCCAAAGUUUUUAAAAAAGAGGUUUGUUUUUGGUGUUUCAAUAAUGACAACGGUAAAACUCUAAAACAUAGGUUACGCAGCAAACUCUAUUUCUGCUCGGAAGAGUGCCUAAGUAAGUUUCAGGCUUAUGAUAGCGAUGAAACGCUUGCAAACGCCAUAAUUGCAUUUGACCAAAACUUUGGCAAGAAUGAGAUUGAUAUCGAUAGCCUCGAUGUGCCGGAGUAUAUAGCGGGCAUUGAGGGGAUAGAGAAAACGUGGAAGCAGACCGACGAAUGGGACGUGAUGGUUUCGAAGACAAAGCCGACAAAACGCGCCCGAUAUCUUCCCAAGCUAAGUAAAGAUGAUUUUGCAGAGGCUCGAUACGUCAUCAGUGUUGUGCAUGCUAUGUAUAAAGGAAAAAAUGGUCCAUUAGCGAAAGAGGUUGAGCUAUUUGAGACAUUGGAGUCAAGUGAGAACCAAAAGGUACAGAAAUACCCGUAUCUUACUCUCUCAUACAGCAACAUAUUCAAGUUUCUUCGUCUUACAUGCCCUCAACAGUUACAGCAGUUCAUCACGCCACAAAACGUGCGUGAUAUUAUUGGACGUAAUCUUACGAAUGCGUUUGGUAUCUGGUCGGAGACCACCUCUGAAGACGAAGAUAAAGAAUACCUCGGCUUCGGUGUAUAUCCUUCUGCAUCAUUUUUUAACCAUGCAUGUUCUUUCAACAUCAAGAAGCAAAGGGAGGGAAGCAAAUAUACCUUCACUACAACAGAAGAUAUUCAGCCUGACACAGAGUUGUGCAUCAGUUACGGAAUUUCUGGGGAUGAGGAUUUGGCGAGUAGAGAAUCUACGCUUUCCGAGUGGUUCUUUAAAUGCGGGUGUUCGAAAUGUUCGCUGGAAAGAACCAAUAUUUAA